UGGUAAGACAGCGAUGGCGGCAACAAUUGGUAUCGACAGUGAUUUUCCAUUUGUCAAAAUUGUCUCAGCUGAGUCAAUGGGUGGUCUUAGCGAGAGCAGUAAAUGUGCAAAAAUUAUCAAGGUUUUUGAGGAUGCGUAUAAAUCUCAGUUGAGCGUCAUUAUUCUUGAUGACAUUGAAAGGCUGUUGGAUUAUGUUGUCAUUGGUCCUCGCUUUUCAAAUUUGAUUGCACAAACAUUGCUGGUCCUUCUAAAAAAACUUCCUCCAAAGGGGAAGAAUAUGCUUGUUAUUGGAACUACAAGCGAGGUUGGAUUUCUCGAAUCUAUUGGAAUUUGUAAUGCCUUUUCUGUUAUUUAUCACGUACCGGCGUUGGACAAGGCAGAUGCCGCAAUG